CUUCUGUUCUGUCUAUGUGACCUGCACUGACUUUUUCAGGAUCAAGAAUCAUGCAUUACUUCCUGCUGGGAUCUUCAGUCAUGGCGCUGAUUUACCUCUCAGCUGAAGGAAAUAUCCACGUGUUCCAGAAGCCACGAUUUGUUGGUGUGAAGACAGGUCAGACUGUAAAAAUAUACUGUGUGCCGUCGAGUCUGUCUUUGCCGGCUCAUGUAGAGUGGUUCAAAGGCCAGUCUUACAAAGACCAACUCAAGAACAGCCAAAAAAUAACGAUAACGGAGAAGAGUGAUAAAUUAAAUGCCUCCAUUACCAUAAAGAAAGUGGAGAUUGAGGACAGGGGCACUUACUUUUGCAAGCUGAACGGCAUGCUUGGACCGGGAACUGAGCUACAAGUGAGCAGAUACAGUGAACCCCAGGCUAUCUUUAUGAGAUCGAGAGUCAAGGAUGCUAUCAUUUUCAUUCAGGCUCUACUGUUGAUUUUGUGCAUUGUCGUUCCUCUGGUUCAGAUUUACAAACUGCUAGAAUAA